AAACUCGCGUCUUCGCGACAUCGGGGCGACUGGGACGGUCCUGGCGAGAGCCGAAACAGGGUUAACACAUUUUCUUGUCGGGUUCGUUUCAGGACCGCGACUUGCAGCAACUGUGCCCCUCCUGGAUCCUGGGCAUCGAUUUGCAGCAAUGAAUAGCGCUAUGAAAUCGGCUCUGGUUAAUUCAAAAAACAACUAUAUGUCUCUCAGGGCUGCGCUCUUUCAUUCCACUCCCGUCUUGGAACGUAAGAGGCGAAAUCAUUGGGUUAGUAGAUUCAACCACUAUUCAAAAAGAUGUAGAAGGAUUCAUGCUAAACAGACAUUAUUGCGCAAUAUCAAUUCUUAUGCAGACUUCCUGCUUCAGAGCUGGAAGGAUGAGAUUGAUGACGAUGAUCCAUCUUCAAGUCAAGGCACCUCAUGGUUUAGGAAAGAAUAUUCUGCUGGGGGCCGUGGAAGGAGCAGAAAUGCCAAUAAAGAGUCGCGGUAUUAUCGCAGAAGAAAUUCUGAUUCUGAUUUUCCUGAAGAAGAUUUUGACGUUGAAACCAUUUUCCGCUCUGCCUUUGGUGGGAACCGAUUCUUUUAUUAUUCCUUCAUCAAUGAAGAGAAUCCUCAGUGGAGGAGGUCAGGACGCUAUUAUGACUACAGCAGAUCUUGGAACUGGAGUGAGGAGGAUGAAUAUUAUGACUCUUCUACCGAGUCUGACAGCUCGGAAUCAAAUUUAGCUUCAGAUAGGUUAGCCCUUGGUUUGAGUGCCCAUGGUCCUCUGAAACCUGAAGAUGUGAAAAAUGCGUACCGGUCCUGUGCCCUGAAGUGGCAUCCAGAUCGUCAUCAAGGCUCUUCCAAGGUAAUAGCAGAAGAGAAGUUCAAAGUUUGCAGUGCAGCAUACCAAUCUUUGUGUGAUAAGUUGGCCAUAAAUUAAGAACGCAUCUGACACGCAUGCUAGUUCCUUUGUACCAGUAUCCAGCUCAUGGCAGUUUGUUUGGCCUUUGCCAAAUCAGCACAACCUGCUUAUUUAAGUUUUCUACUUUUCACUUUUGAGUAGUUCAAUAUUGAAUUGAGGAAAUAAGUUUACGCCAUGGUAAUGGCAACGGAACAAGCCAAAUU